CAUUUAAACUGUAAACUAAAUUAUAAUAAUACUUAUAUUGUGAUUAUAGUAAUUGCUAUAAAAAAUAUUUAUAAAAAUAUGGUUAUCCUAUAUAAGUGUCGGCCAAACCAAGCACUGGUAGUUACAGGAGGUUGCCGUAAUCGUAGGCCACCACGUGUUUCACUGGCCGGUCGUGUAUUUGUUUGGCCAUUAAUUGAAACGGUUAGCCGUAUAUCACUGUCACCUAUAGUCGUGACCAUUGAGACAGCACCCACCUAUACCCAACAGGCCAUACCAGUUACCGUUAGAGUUACGGCACUGAUCAAAGUGGACAUCAUCGACGGUAUCGGCGGCAGUGAUGGCCAGCAUCUGUUAGGCGGCAGCAAAUCGGCGGAUGAAAUCAGACAACUGGUCAGUGAGAUACUGGACGCACACGUGAGGUCAGCCGUCGGCGGGCACAGUGUCGAAGAUUUAUGUUUUAGACGCCACCAGUUCGGCGAAUCGGUCAGACAGCGAGUGGCCCCGGAUUUCAAACAGUUAGGAUUUACCGUACAGUCGCUGAUGGUUACCGAUAUCGGAGACGACAAUAAUGUCGGUUAUAUUAGAUCGUUAGGUGAGCCGGUCAUUGCACGCGUCAAAUGUGAGGCCCGAUUGGCCGAUAGUCGAGCUAAACUACAGGCCAUCAGUGCCGAGGCUGUCCAGCGGGAACAGUGCGCCCGUGAUUACUAUACCCGACUCACGAAUGUCAUUCAAGUGCACCGGGAGUUUGAGCUACGAAAAGCCGAAUGCGAGGCCAAAUUGAUGGCCAGGCGAGCAAUGGUCGACAGUGUCUAUCGGUUGGUUAGGGCUAAACGGCAGCAACGGGUUGUUGCCGAGGAAUGGGAGUCUAAACUCAUUGAAAAGGAUAUGGAGAUCAAGCUAUGGCAGCGAGAGUUGAGCCGAAAACAAUGGGAACUGGAGUCGACUGUCCGUAAACAGGCCGAAGCCGAUAAACUGCUGACGGAAACUAUGGCCGCCAGCCGUAGUAAUGCUAUUAUACGGGUUGCCGAAGCAACGGCCAGUGCACUCCAGGUGCUUACCGAUGCCCACAAUCGCAGGUCAGCUGCUAUGGCCAACACUGUUACCACUACUAGUACUACUACAGGUGCUACUAAACAACUGGUUGUCCACAAAACCAUAUACUCAACAAUAAUUAGAUGGCUAUCAAUGAUGGUGUGUCUAUUGUCGACAAUUUUUAUGUCCAAUUUUUUUUCGGCUACUAUUUGUUUGCUAACAGCAACUGUGCCGAUGAAUACUAAUACCGUCGAUAGCACUGUUAUGUCAAAACAAUAUACUACCGGUACUACUACUACUACUACCAGUGCAACAUAAAUGAUAUAACUUUUUUUUUGGUUAGAUACC